AUGGAAAAUGGAAGGCCUCCCGAUCCCGCAGACUGGGCUGUGACGGACGUCGUCAACUAUUUCCGAACGGCAGGAUUUGAGGAGCAAGCCAAUGCUUUUCAGGAACAGGAAAUUGAUGGAAAAUCCCUGCUCUUGAUGACGAGAAAUGACGUGUUGACAGGACUUCAGUUAAAAUUGGGGCCUGCUCUGAAAAUCUAUGAGUACCAUGUAAAACCUCUUCAGACCAAGCAUUUAAAGAACAACUCUUCAUAGUAAAAUGAAAUUGAGGUCUCAGUCCUCAAA